AUGGCAGCUUCCUGUGUUUAUGAUGUCUUCUUGUCUUUCAGCGGCCUUGAUACUCGCAAGACAUUUACUGGUCACCUCUUGGCUGCUUUGGAUCAGCAUGGUUUUUACACAUUCAGUGAUGACACUAAACUUCCAAGAGGUGAAGAAGUUGGUCCUGAAUUGUUGAAAGUAAUUAAGGAAUCAAGGGUUUCCGUUAUUGUAUUCUCGAAAAACUACGCGUCCUCAAGAUGGUGCCUUGACGAGCUUAUCAAGAUCAUGGAUUGCAAGAGGACACUCCAUCAGAUUGUUAUUCCCGUCUUCUAUGACGUCCAACCUUCUGAUGUUCGAUCACAGAGCGGUUGUUAUGCAGAAGCGUUUGCCGGUCACAAAAAGGAGUUUGACUUGAAAAAGGUGGAAAUUUGGAGGUUAGCUCUAGAAAAGGCUGGCAAUUUGUCCGGUUAUGUCUUGCAAAAUGUGGCCAACGGGUGUGAGUCAACGUGUAUUAAGUCCGUUAUUGGAGGAGUGGCAGAAAAAUUAAAUCCUACGGGCUUAAGUGAUCCAGAGUAUCAAGUUGGAAUAGAGCAUAGUGUUGAACAAGUGACUAAGUUUCUAACGUUGGGGUCAAAUAGUAUUAGUAAUGAUGUUAGGAUUGUUGCCAUAUGGGGGAUUGGUGGAAUUGGUAAGACUACCAUUGCUAAAGUACUGUAUAAUCGCAUACAUCGUUUUCAUCCAUUUGAAAGGACUAGCUUUCUUCAUAAUGUUGGACGAACUUCUAGGGAUAUCGACAAUGUUGUUAAAUUACAAAAACAACUUCUGUCAGAUCUCCUAAAUGAUGAAAAUGAGAAAAUAAGAUGCGGGGAUCAUGGAAUUGAGGUGAGAAAAUGUCGAGCAUGGCGUCGAAGGGUUCUUCUUGUUCUCGAUGGUGUGGAUAAUGACAGCCAAUUGAGUGUUUUGGCUAUAAAUCGUAAUUGGUUGCGUCCCGGAAGUAGAAUCGUAGUAACAACUAGAGAUUUGUCUGCAAUAAAGUCACUUCAAGUGGAUGAUGUGUAUAAUCUUGAGGAGUUGAAUAAGGAGGAAUCUCUUCAACUCUUCAGUUGCCUUGCCUUUAGAAGAGACUGUCCUCUAGAAGGUUCUUUAUUGUCGGGUAAAGCGGUACCUAAAUGGCAUGCUCAAUUGGAGAAGUUGAAAAAGAUUCCUGAUCCAAAAGUUCAAGAUAUACUGAGGCAGAGCUUUGACUCACUUGAUGAUAAACAGAAGGGUUUAUUCCUGGAUAUUGCAUGUUUUUUUGUUGGAAUGGACCAAGAUUUGGCCAUCAAAAUACUAAAAGACUGCGAUUUCUACCCAGAUAUUGAUAUUGACAUUCUAUCUGAUCGUUGUCUUGUAAGCAUUGUAAGAAUCGAUCGGCGGCAUAACCAACUGAUGAUGCAUGAUCUGAUUCAAGACAUGGCAAAAGAGAUCGUCUAUCAAGAAUCCCCUACAAAGCCUGGCGAACGUAAUAGAUUGUGGUAUCAUAAAGACAUUCUUGAUCUACUAAGAUAUGACACGGGGACAGAGAAUAUUCUGGGCUUAGUCCUGAACUUGCCAGAAUCAGAAGAGUUACAAGUAAAUGCGGAGGCAUUUACAAAGAUGAAGAGCUUGAGAUUGCUUCAUUUCAAUUAUGUCCAAGUUUUGUGCAAAUUGAAAUACCUCAAUCUCAGUCAUUCCUAUCUCUUGAUGAAAACUCUGGACUUCACGGGGCUCACCGGUCUUGAGAAAUUGUUGCUUACUGAUUGUACAAAGCUGGUAGAAGUCCACCAAUCUAUUGAACGUCUCGAAGAUCUUAUUGUCUUGGAUCUGAAUAAUUGCAAGAAUCUUAAGAAGAUUCCCCAAAGUAUUUUCAUGUUGAAGUCUCUCGCUCAUUUCAAUAUUUCCGGUUGUUCUAAAUUAGAGUGGCCGGCAUUUUUUCGAAGAUCGCCACCUGAAUCAAGCUUUUCGUCGUUACAAUUGUCAAGUAGCAUCAGGAAAUUAUCUAUGGAAAACUGCAAUAUAACAAAUGUGCCCAGUGAAAUUGGUAGUUUGGUGUCUUUGGAAUCUUUGAAUCUUAGCAGAAACAAAUUUUCUAACCUACCAGCAACCAUCACUAGCCUUCCACUACUGGAGUAUCUCUGUGUAAACAAAUGUACUCUGCUUGAAUCACUUCCAAGCCUUCCAGUAAAUUUACGUAUUUUGGGGGCAGACGACUGCACAUCAUUGCAGAGCAUGUCAAUUGAAUCAAAAGCAGCACAGACGCAGAUGCAGUUGAAACGCUCUUCUUGGAAUUUAGCCUUUACACGCAAGAGAGAAAUUAACCAUAAUUUUACUUUUUGCAUUGUAUAUAGAUAUUUCUAUAUAUCUCCCUUCUAUAUUAGUGCAAAUCUCAUUGAAAUUGGAUCUUUCUUUUUCAUUUCACAGCGACUUCGUUAA